UAUCAAUGUAAAACUUUCUCCCUCAUGGAGUUUGUGGAGUAUAUCAAAUCGCCGCGCAUUGAAAAGGUUUCUCUGAGGCGAAGAGGGCGUGCUUACUUGGAGGGUACAUUGUGCGUGACAGGUCAUCACUUGAUCUUUUCUUCUCGGACAGAGCACAGGGAUGAGCUGAUUCUUUUGCACUCAGCAGUGGAGCAUGUUGAGAAGAAAGCAAGAGGUCAACAUGGAACACUUACCAUCUGUUGUAAGAACUUUGACUUGGUGAAACUGAAGUUUAACAACAUUGAAGAGGCAUUGAAUGUGGCAUCAUCUAUUGAAGUACUUUCAACAAUCGGUAGGUCAAUAUAGCUCAAUUUGUUUCAGUAAUGUUACUCUAUUUUGACAUAUAAUUAAAGGGCUAGUGAGAGGAGGGGGAGGAGAAGAGAAAAGAGGGGGGAAGAGAAGAAGGAAGGAAACUGGGAGGGGAGAGAAGGGAAUGUAAGGAAGGAGAGAUAAUCUCCCAGGGAGGGGGAUUCCCAUAUGAAAAGGAAUUAAGCCCCUAAAGGAGACCAAUCUGGGCGUGGUGCAAGUUUUAUUUAACCUCUAAAAGAUACCACUUAAAAUGUAAUAGGCUCGCAGCUGCUGUUCAUGAAAGCAGUCAUGCUAGUAGACUGCACUUGAGAUCACUCAAGAGACCAUUGGAAAUUAGUCUAAAAAUGGAAAUACACGAACAAGCGUUUUUUAUUAUUAUUUCUGCAAGUACACCCUUAUAAAAGAUACUUCGACAGCUAAAAAUAGUGGCCCUUCCUUACGAACAUGUACCCUAAGUAAGACCAGAAUCCUUGAAUUAUGCUCCCUAAGUGAGAUGAGUUUCCCUGACUUUUCAUAUGGGAGUUC